UUCACGGAGCGCUGCGGUCAGUUCGAGGAGCGACCGAACGACGAGAAUCGUCGCAGGAAAACGGAAAAAAGUAAAUAAAGAUUUUUCCAACUAGUUUUUUUUGCGGUGCGGAUAGUGUUUGGGAUCUUGUUUAUGUUUUUACUGAUUGUGUUUAUUGAUGAAAAAUGUAUUUUGACGCUGUAGAAAAUAAGGAUUAAUUAUUGUUAGAUCAAACAAUAAGUGAUUAGUGUUGUAAGACUUGUUUUUUGUUUUGACAAUUGAUGUAAAGUACUGGGGGCGCCGGCAAAUGGGACAGAGAUAAAGUUGCACGAUAAGGAAUUAGGAGGCAAUUAAAUUGAAGAUAGAAGGUUAGAAUGAACAUGGAAUCGAGCCGAUCGUUGAACCAGACCGAACCACUGCGAAGCUGGCGAGACAAAAGCGAGAGAAGCGAGACCAGCGGCGCCUCGAUGGGGCUGCUCAGGCGAUGAGUGGGCAACGGCCCCUUGGAGGCCCAUGGACCGUCACACGACGGUGUUUUUCAGUGUGGGGCAACGCGUCGAGGCAGCGCUGUUCAAAUCGAACACCCCAGUAGAACAAGUCAAAAAUAUUUUUCGAGCUGCUGCAGAGGCCGGUCCAAGUGAUAUUCUGAAAUUGUACAACGCUGCUGGUCAGCUGCUCAAUAUCAGUGCAGACCUGCUUCCAAAUUCAAAAGAGACUCCAUAUUCAUUACAGGUGGUCGCAGCAAACGGUCUGGCCAUGUUGCAAGAAUCAACCUGCGCCGACCUGAAGGCGCUGGAAGCUCGCAUUUCUGCUGUGGAACGGCAGAUGCGCACGGAGCUCCCUCUACCGCCGGCCGUCGAAGAGCUCAGAAAAGAAGUCGACGCUUUUCGCGAUCGACUCGAAACUGAUCCAAACCUGAGCUGGCUCGGGUUCUACAAGGAACUUCCUGAACCUUUAUCAAGUGAAGAAUGUCGGCGACUGCAGUAUCGCAGAAAAAGUGAUUCGGUUAAGAAACGGGUGAAACAAAAUUUUGAAAAUAUUUGCGACGCACAAGUGUCAGACGCCAUCAGCCAAUGGCUGCGAAUGCCCACGUUCGACGCCCGACCCUGGGAAGACGAAGAACUGCUGCUCCUGCUCCAGCAGAUGUACCUGGAGAACGACUUCUGUUCCAAGUUCGCCAUCGACAUCGCUACGCUUAGGAAUUUUUUAUACGAAGUUUACAAGAAUUAUAACGAGGUACCCUUCCACAAUUUCCGGCAUUGCUUCUGCGUCGCUCAAAUGCUCUACGCAAUUUCCUGCAGUGUAGAUCUUCCAUCGAAAAUUGGUGAUUUGGAAGUGCUUAUACUCCUUACUUCCUGUAUUUGCCACGAUCUCGAUCAUCCCGGUUAUAACAACAUAUACCAAAUUAAUGCCAAGACCGAGCUAGCAAUCCGGUAUAACGACAUCUCACCUCUGGAAAACCACCACUGCAGCGUAGCGUUUCGGAUAUUAGAAAACGAAGACUGCAACAUUUUCAAGUCCUUCACUAGCGAGGACUUCAAGCAAGUCCGAGAGGGAAUGAUCAGAUGCAUUCUAGCCACCGACAUGGCCAGACACAACGAGAUACUCACCAAUUUCAAGGACAUUGUGCCUUGCUUUGAUUACAAUGAUAAAGCGCACGUGAAUUUGCUUUGUAUGGUUCUGAUAAAAGUGUCCGACAUAUCGAACGAAGCGAGACCGAUGGACAUAGCGGAGCCUUGGCUUGAUCGAUUGCUGCAGGAGUUCUUCAAGCAAAGUGACGCGGAAAAACUAGAAGGCCUACCGGUAACCCCGUUCAUGGACAGGGAGAAGAUCACGAAACCCUCUUCGCAGUGCUCGUUUAUAGGAUUUGUUUUGCUUCCGUUGUUCGAAGCGUUAGGCGAACUGUUAACGGAAUUGCAAGAUCUCAUAGUUCAGCCUGUCCGUGACGCUCUAGACUACUACAAAAGACUAAACGAAAUGACGAGAGAGGAAAGACUGCACCGCAAAAGUAUAGUGGCCGAAUUGGUGGCCAGCGAACACAACUCAGCCAGUCAGAGUCCGGAUAGUGGGACUGCGAACGCGAGUCUUCCAAAAUCCAAUUCCAACAUCAGUUUCAAGGGCAAAUCGCUCGUGUUCCAACAAAACAGGUCGAGAUCUCGUUCGACCGACGAGGACACCGAAGCCAGUUUCGCAGUCGGCGGUGAUGGCGUACCAAUCCACGAAGACCCGAGCCUGGAGGACGUCCUUGAAGACCCCGAGAGCGGCGACUCCGAAACCGCUAACGAAGUGGAGGUUUCCGAGAAAGCCCUCAAGUUCAAAAUCUCGACCGAGUGCACCGUCGUCUCGUCCACCACCGGCAGGAAAAGCUACCCCGGUUCGCGCAAGGGUAGCAGGGAACGUGGCCAGCACAUCAACCACAACGAGCUAACGCGUAUGAUGCAAAAAGGAAAACUCAAAACAACAGCUUACAGUUUCGAUCAUCAUUAUCUGUCGGAUAACAAGAAGCUUUCCUUUGACAGUCCGACAUUCCUAGACGAGUACUCGCUAACUCUCAGGAAAAAAUUCGAGGAGGGUCUGAAAAAUGACAACGACGCGGUGACAAAUAACGAAUCGGACGAAGAAUGUGUUCUGUCAAAGGAAACCAUUAACCUCAACAAGAGGAACUCUGAGCACUCUGUCAAAGUACCGUUUGAAGAGAAAAAGAGCAUACUUAAAAGCUCUGACAAUAAAAAUCGCCUUCUGAACAUCGAUACAUCGGGAACAAGUCCCAAAAAUAACGUGUUUCAUAAGAAGUAUAAAUACACGGAACAGGAUGAUAACGAUAUAAACCUUAUAGGUCAAAAAGAAGAAUUGAAAUUGCAGUCGGUGUCUGUGGGUGAAAAUAAGUCUUCAAACAAGUCGUCGAUCUUGUCGCGGUUCAGGCAGUUCACUGACAGAUUCGGGCUGUCGCAGGACUCCAAAAUGCGGCACGCGAAGAAUAACAACUGUUCGAAGAACUCGCCCAGAAAAGGCAAGGACAAAUGCUGGUCAUCCCAGGGAGACACGGACGACUCAGGCAAAGACGACGGCAACGCUUCCGACGCUGACAAUCACUCCCUACCCUCCACGUCACAAAUCAACAGCAACUGCGCCACUCCUGUACAUCCCCCGACGAGUCAGAGUCACCAAAGUUCGCCGAGAAAGAGCGCGGCUAGUGUACCGGACGAAAAAGACUUCCUAGAGAACAACGUGGCGGACAAGUGUAAAGUGAAGUUGCAGGAGAUGAAAAAUGACGUCGACAAGGACGCGAACGUGAUCUGACAGGAAGUCAACAUUCCCGAGCGGGAAUGCUUCUCUAGAUACAUGUUCUGUCACUGUUGUACAUAUAGGUCUAAUUCUCGCGAUGCUGUCUAAGAGAUUUUCGGCGAAGGGCUGGUGAAUGUUUUAGUUACAGUAUUUUUUGGAAGCUGUUUAUCUUUUAUGUCAGUUUCAAUGCACAAUCUAUUUAAUUACGAUUGUCAUCUAUUUCUCAAAGUUUUAAUAACUACUAAGAUAAUAAAAAAAGUAAUUUCUUUUGAUUAAUUAUAAAAUAGUUUCUUGAAAAAAGCUCGGGUAUUUCACCACUGCAAGAGGUUACUAAAUUUGGCUCAUAACUUACUAGGAACUAGACACAAAAUGAAAUUAUUUAUACACUCAAUAGCUCUAAAAAACUUUAGAAACACAUUUUUCACAAUUAAAAUAAAAUAAAAUAAAUAAAAUGGACAAAAUAAUUAAUUCACACGUACACAGCAGAAUGGUAAACAAUCCGUCGAAAGCUACGACUGACGUCACAAAGCGAGGAAUUUUCGCAUGCACAUUGCAGACAUUUUCGGCUGAAUGAGUAAUUUUGUUAGGUUACCUGUUCUUGGUCUUGUGUUAAAUUUUAGCAUUUGUUUUAAUAAAGCAACAUUUAAAAUAUUUUAUACUUUUUAUAUAAAGCAUAUCGUCCCAUUGCUGCCAAAAGUCACUAACUUAC